GUCAAGGCUGCAAGCAUGGCUGCAAGGUGUGGGAACAUAGGUGCUUGCACAAGUACGGACUUUGCUGUCCAGCCCUGUCCAAGUAUCCGUGCCACAGCAAGGCGACGAUGAAAGAAAUGAAGACUUCCUGGAUGGCUUUGUUAGCCAUGUUUUGAGGCAUCGACAACUACUACCCUGCGCCACGACACCGUGACAGGUACACAAUGACGGCUCCUAACGCUGGCGACUCGAUGAUGCCUAGUAGGACAGAGAUAUCUGGAUUUCCAGCAAACACUUUGGCCAACUUGGAGUCCGCAAGGGGCUGCUUCACCGGGGCUGCCGUGAUGCAUCGUGUGCCUUGCACAGCAGACGAAGGCCAGACAUGUCAAAUUGCGACUCACUUGUCCAUCUGGAACGAGAUCCUGUGCUAUGCUGGUUGGGAAGUGAGAUUAGCAUCUGGAAUGAGUGGGCAGUUCUGCGUGGUCAAUUUUGCUGGCUGCAUUCCUUUGUUCGGAAGCGGAAUAGAAUCUCAAAUUGAAGUUCUUAUGCAGCAAGCUGCCACGAUAGUGUACUGGUUGCUCAAAACUCAUCGCUGCUUGUCCACACUGACCCUCGCACCACCAGUGCUGCGCAGCCAGGCAGAUAUCGUAUGCAAUGCUCUUUUGGCGGGCAAAUCAUUGAAACAUCUGACGGUGUUGUCGACAGAACGUGUGGCUUGUAAGAAACUUAGCGCGGCCAUUUCCGGUUUGCGUUGGCUGGAAGAACUUGAGCUCACAUUCGAAGAAUGCCCAGAAGAUAUGCCAGUUGUGCUUUCUGAGCUCCUUCGCACAACAACAUCUCUGUCGACUCUUCGAAUUUCAGGUUUACGCAUGAAAGGAAAACGCGUCAGAGAAUUCUACACCGCGCUCGGAGAAAACACCACUCUGAGGGACCUUUCCUUGCACGAAUCGGCUAUCAGCGAUAGUCGUUGCCAAGCUGCUUUCGCGCGUUACCUUCGUAGGAGCACCACUUUGACGUCGUUAACAGUUGAGGCACGUAACCCGAAUACAGAAGGUUGUCUUAAGUGCGUACUUCGAGGACUAUGCGGAAACACGACGGUUAUUGCGGCGAAGCUGCAAGAGUUUGUCUUUGACAAAGAGAAUGCUCUACUUGCAGCGACCCUCCUGUCUGAAAACCGAACGCUUCGCGUGUUUCAAAUCAAGCAAAGUUGGCCAACCUUUCAAGGAGGACACAGCGUACUCGACUUCUGGCUAAAGUCGCUAACCAAAAACGAAACCUUGGAGGAACUGCACCUGCCUUUGCGCUGUGGGCGGCUAGAAAAGUGGGCGGAAUUUUUCGCUUUGGUUUCGUCGAAGAAAACAUUGGCAAAGGUGUUGGUUGAUAUUGACCUCGAAGAUCCUCUCCUUCAGCGUGUCUGCACGGCCCUCCGAGAGAGCGGAGCCGAAGAAAAGAUUACGCUCGGAUCUCGGCGUCCUCCGAAAAGCUUGGACCUGCUCGAAUACAUGGAGUAUUCGGAGUUGUAUCUGGAUGGCUGUAGUUCCGAGAAGAACGCAGCUCUUCUGUUGAACCGCUUGCUAUCGGUUGACCACAUCACUACAGUACGUAUAGGCUUUUUCAGAGGUGACUUGGCUUUAUCAUCCGCGUUGGCUGACUACAUCGCGAAAACAAGUUUUCUUCGCUCGCUGUAUGUAGAAGUUUACAGCUGUAGCUGCGCAGUCGCGGUGGACAUUACGAGCAACUGGUGGACAAUUAUAAUGGAGUCACUGGCCGCGAACGACAGCGUAAGGGAAUUGGGGCUGCACAAGCCGGGUAACAUGGACGACCGAGAUCUGGAGAGGCUGGCCGACGUAGUGAGGGGGAGCCGAAACAUCAGAAGAGUGGCGGUCUCGGGCGACGUCAGCGCCUUCGCGCAGCACUUGUCCGUUGGAAUCGCGGACAACUACACCCUGCUUGGUGUCACAUUCUACGAUCGAGUGUACCCAGAGGUUGCCCAGCAUUGGUUUACAGUCAGGGACACGGCGAACCGGAACUGCGACUUGGUGACACGUGCAGCUCUCUUUGUCAGUGGCUCCCGAGACGAUCGGUGCCAUGUCGCCGCACUGGAGCGGGUGCAGAAACACGCUGCGCUCUUAGAAGAGCUGGCUGAAGUGCUGUGCAUGGACGAGGCCGAAGUCGUUGUUCUUGUUCGAGAAUCGCUCAAGUGCAUCGAGAGUCUUCCCGACUUCAUGCGAUACGCGGGCGUGGUGAAGGAGCGACUGGAUUUCCACCCGAACGAAGAUGGGCACGCACAGCUGGACAUCCUGAACGAGGACUGCUGGCGUCUUGUGAGGCGUUACCUAAUGCUGGAUGACGUCAGGAAUUGUGAGCAAGGCCUCGAGUUUUUGUGACCAUGAAAAAUGGGCCAGAACUGCAGUGGGAAACCAACUCCUAACUAAGUCUCAUGGUACCAUGUGCUUCAAGCAAUAUCAUGUCUAUAAAUGCAGUAUUAUAUCCUUAU